UGCACGAACCCUAAAUCAAAAGAUUCAUCUAACACAACAUCAAAAAAAAAAUCUUCAAUCCCUUUCUAAACAUUAGCAUUUAUUCCACAGCAUUAAUUCAUUUCCUACAAUUUCUGAUUUCCUCUGCUUUACAUUCAUUACUACUUCCUACUACAGUUUCUGAUUUCCGUCUGAAUCACUUGCUUUUUCAUCGCAGAUCAUUCAAUUUUCUCAUUUUCCUGGUCUCCUUUACAUCUACAAAAUUAAAACAUUCAAAAAAAUAAAAUAAAACUUUCCAUCGAUAUUCUUUUCUCCAGACCUACCCAAGUCCCUACCAUAAGAAAAGUUCAUACAUCUAUCCAUCAACUCCAAACUCAAAAUAUGUCCAAUCCAAACCUGGCAAACCACAUCCAUUAAACAAAGAAAAUCUCAGUCUCUUCUUCCUCCGGAUUUCUAUUUUGAUCACCUGAUUAAAAAGACUCGAGUCACGUGACAACAUGUUCUUGGUAGUGUGAAAUGUCGCUGUCUGCAAAUUGAGAACAUAUCUGAACUCCCCGCUAAGCUCCUCUCCAGUUUUUCUAUUCUAUCUUACUGACUCUCCACCCUCUUCUCUGUAAUUUUGAAGCUUCAUUGGAGAGAGAAAUGAACUGUUAUCUGAAAAUAAGUUUAGUUUGAACUGGGGGGUUUCUCCAUGAAAGAUGAUUAUAAUCAAGUCUAAGCUCAAAGUAUUUGCACUUAUUGGGUUAAUUCUAUCUGUUAUUUCUCUCUUCACUCAUUUUCUUCUUGCUAGAUAUACUGGGCAGAGUUUUGAUGGAUACCGAGCUUCAUUUACAAUCUUUUCUUGGAGACCCAUUUUUCAAAAUUUGGAUAGCAAUAGACCAACCCACAGAAGAUUAUGGGGACCUGUAAGGAGUCUGGAAUCCAUACAUCCACAUGCAAAUCCCAGAGGACAUUAUGAAGCUCCUGCGUUGAAAAUAAAUGGCUUCAUCUUUGUCAGAAUACAAGGAGGUUUCCAUCACAUCAGGAAUUCAAUUUGUGAUGUAGUUGUGGUUGCUCGGCUUCUGAAUGCCACCUUAGUCAUGCCUGAGCUCCAAUCAACCACAAGUAGCAAGGGAAUAAGCUCUCAGUUCAAGAGCUUCGCGUACCUGUAUAAUGAGGAUCAAUUCAUAGUAGCAUUAGCAAAGGAUGUCAUAGUUGUGAAAACUCUUCCUAAAGAUCUCAAAUCAGCAAGGAGGAAGAAGGCAAUUCCUUCGUUUAGGGUGCCAUACUCAAGCUCCCCGGAUUUCUAUCUCCACCAUGUUCUCCCUGUUCUAAAGCGGCAUUCAGUGGUUGAACUCGUUAUUUCAGACGGCGGAUGCUUGCAGGCCAUUCUUCCACCUCAUCUUGAGGAGUACCAAAGACUUAGAUGUAGAGUUGCUUACCAUGCGCUUCAUUUUCGCGAGGAAGUGCAGGAGCUAGCGACAACCAUUGUAAAUAGGUUACGAGCUUCAAGACGACCAUUUAUAGCUUUUGAUCCUGGGAUGACUAGAGAUGCUCUAGCUUACCAUGGUUGCGCUGAACUCUUCCAGGAUGUACAUACUGAACUUAUCCAACAUAGAAGAGCUUGGAUGAUAAAACGUGGGAUUGUGAAAGGGAAACUUACGGUGGAUUCUGUAGCACAGCGCUCAAAUGGUUCUUGUCCCCUGAUGCCUGAGGAGGUUGGUAUUCUCCUUCGUGCAUAUGGAUACUCAUGGGACACGGUAAUAUAUGUAUCUGGAGGAGAAAUAUCUGGAGGCCAGAGGGCAUUGAUUCCACUACAUGCCAUGUUCGAAAAUGUUGUUGAUAGAACAUUCCUCAGCACUUUUGGAGAAUUGUCAAGAAUCUAUGGACGUGAGCGUCACCUGGUUGACAGUAACCCUCAACCACCUCCUGUUCAAGAAGAAAAGAAGAAUGAAUCAUGGAAAACUUCAGGUCCACGUCCUCGUCCACUUCCACCGCCUCCUUCUAAACCUAAAACGUACAACAUAGAGGGUUGGUGGGGAUGGGUUGCUGAGAGCGACAAUGAGCCUGAGAGUACAGUUACAGAAUUAAGAAUCAACGCUCACAAACUGUUAUGGGAAGCGAUUGACUAUACUGUUUGUGUUGAAGCUGAUGCUUUCAUUCCCGGAUUUGAUCGUGAUGGAAAAGGCCGUCCAAACUUUGGAAGCUUGGUGACUGGGCACAGGUUGUAUCACUCCGCUGCGUCCAAAACAUUCAGACCUGACAGAAAAGAAGCUGUCAAGCUGUUAGAUGAGAUUGGGGAUCAUGUUUAUCAGGCAAAUAGUACAUGGUUAAAAUUGAUACGCAAGCAUCUCAGCAAAACCAUGCUAGAUGGAGUAACAGAAGCAUUUAAAAGUUCAAAACCACAAUCCUUUCUCGCUCAUCCUGUUCCAGAGUGCUCAUGCUUGAAACACGAGUAUUUCGAGUUAUCAAAUCAUACUUCAAGUCCUUCAAAUCAUUUACCGCUUGGGGUUAAUCUUGGCGUUGAAUACCGCUGUCCUACUUGGAUGGACAAUAAUGUAGUUUCACAGUCACCAAAGUAUAAGGAAUACGAUGAAGACCUUGAUGAGGAGGAUCCUACCACAUCCACAUUGUUCUUUGGUGAAAAAAGUGGUAAUAAUGAAGUUAAUGGAGAAGAAACAAAUAACAAAGAAGUCCACAUGGAGGACCAAGAAGAACUCGAGGGUGCAGAAAGAUAAUGUGAAGCUAAGACUUGAUAUGGUAUUGUAUCUCUGAGUACCCAUUGGCACCAAUGGCCUUGUUUAACUUACUUCAUGCUUUGGAAAAUCCAGAAUCAUGGUUUUUAUAGUGUAGAGGAGAAAGUCACUGACAGUGGUUUGGUUUAACAAGUCGUUGCUAGCUCGCUCAACUAUUUCCUGAAUCAGCUUAGCAAGGGUCGACUCGAAUGAGAAGGUUAGUUUCUAGGUAUUCAGGGUUGUAACAUUAGUAAGUUAGAUUUUUAUGAUUUCACCAUGUUGUAUCACACAUGCACCCAAUUUUGAUGUACUCUGGCACGUUCUCAAUGGAAAAAUUGAUAUUCUUUCUCAUUUAGUAUAAAGUAUCAUGUAAAUUUUCCG